CUUGGACCUUUCCAAUAAUUCCGACGUUUGUUAUUUAUUUGCAUAAGAAUUGUAUUAGACUGAUCCAUUCCGAGGAAAAAAAAAGAAAGCUUUCACGGUGUCGUGUCUACGUCAUUCAAGACACCUUCCGACUUGGAAUAUAGGUCACUUCUUAACUCGGCCUCGACCUCGUCUACGUAUACACUUAUACUAUACAAUGUCUUCCACAAAGCGCAAGAGCGAAGGUCUCACAUCCGGUGAUGCCAACAAGAAGCCUAAGGUGAACGCGAGCAUAACAUCGUUCUUCGGUGCACCUAAGAGCUCGCCCACCUCGUCCCCCGCGAAGUUUAGUGCGGGCCCCGAGUCGGCGCCCCUCAAGUUUGACAAGGACAAGUGGGUCGCGGGCCUAACGCCAGAGCAGAAGCGCCACCUCCAGCUUGAGAUCCAGACCUUGGAUCCUAGCUGGCUGGUUCACCUCAGAGAAGAGAUUACUUCUCCCGAGUUCAUUGAGCUCAAGAAGUUUCUUGAGAGUGAGGUUAAGGCCAAUAAGAAGGUGUUCCCACCUAGGGAAGAUGUCUACUCAUGGUCUCGCCACACACCUUUCAACACAGUCAAGUGCGUGAUCCUAGGCCAAGACCCCUACCACAAUGUCAACCAAGCGCAUGGCCUAGCCUUCUCCGUCCGGCCUCCAACCAAGGCUCCCCCUUCCCUCAAAAACAUGUACAUCGCGUUAAAGAAGGACUACCCGGACUUCGUGCCCCCGCCCAACGGCGGCGGUCUGCUAACCCCUUGGGCAGAGCGUGGUGUACUUAUGCUUAAUACAUGUCUUACUGUGCGUGCGCACGAGGCUUAUUCUCACGCGAACCGCGGUUGGGAGCGCUUCACGCAGAAAGUCAUUGACUUGGUGGCGCAGAAGCGCACUCGUGGUGUCGUGUUCCUGGCCUGGGGCAAUCCUGCCGCGAAGCGAGUUAGUAAGGUCGACACUAAGCGCCACCUCGUGUUGAAGAGCGUGCACCCAAGUCCGCUGAGUGCCUCGAAAGGGUUCUUCGACUGCGGGCAUUUCAAACAGGCUAAUGAGUGGCUUGCGAAUAGGUAUGGUGAGGACGGCAUUAUCGAUUGGAAUCUUAACCCUAGCGAGAAGAAGCCAGAGGAAGCGCGGAAAGAAGUUUCGCCACCUGUAGUAGCUGUGGGAAAAGUGGAUGAGGAGAAGGGCGAGGAGGAGAGUAAAAUCCUUCAGGAGCAGGGUGAAGAGGGCAAAGAGGGCAAAGAAGAUAAAGAUACGGCAAGUGAUGCUGAAUCGAAGUGAGUUUAUUUUCACAAAUUGUGCAUGAUGCGGGUUAGGGAUAUAGGGUGUCCGAAUAUGUCCUUUUCUAGUCGUAUAGGUUUACUGGUCGGCGUUCUAUGUGGUUUAUAGGCGCCUGGGCUGGCGUAUGCUCGUAGUAUAUCGAGAUUGUAUAAGGUUGAGAAAAAAAAAAAAAAGCCCUUCGGGAAGAGGCGGCGCAUGUGAAUAAUACCUAGUUUGUUUAAGUUAUGAA